CAUUCCGGAAGUGGGCGGAGCCUCGGGGCCCUAAAUCCGCGUGCGCGGGCCGCGCGCCUAGGCUGCUCAGAAGAGCGUGGAGCAGUCGAGCGUUCUCUCUGGCCCGCCGCUCGGGUUCCAUCUGCCUGAAGGCGCCUUAUCCGCCAUGGAGCAUGAGUUUACCCCGCUGGAGCCCCUGCUUCCCGCUGGAAAUCUGAGAUACUGUCUUGUGAUUCUUAACCAGCCUCUGGACCAGUGUUAUCGUCAUCUUUGGAACAAAGCUCUUUUAAGGGCCUGUGCUGAUGGAGGUGCCAACCGCUUAUAUGAUAUCACUGAAGAAGAGAGAGAAAGCUUUUUGCCUGAAUUCAUCAGUGGAGACUUUGAUUCUAUUAGGCCUGAAGUCAAAGAGUACUACACUGUGAAGGGGUGUGAGCUUAUUUUAACUCCUGAUCAAGAUCACACUGACUUUACCAAGUGCCUUCAAGUACUUCAAAAAAAGAUAGAGAAAAAAGGCCUACAGGUUGAUGUCAUUGUGACCCUGGGAGGCCUUUCUGGGCGUUUUGACCAGAUUAUGGCAUCUGUGAAUACCCUGUACCAAGCCGUUCACAUCAUCCCUGUGCCAACUAUAAUAAUGCAAGAGGAAUCUCUCGUCUACCUCCUCCAACCAGGAAAACAUAAACUCCAUGUAAACACUGGACUGGAAGGAGAUUGGUGUGGCCUGGUUCCUGUUGGACAGCCUUGUAACCAGGUGACGACCACAGGCCUGAAGUGGAACCUCAGUAAGACUUAGAUUUUCAAAAGAAAAAUAUAUUAAAGAUGAAAAGAUUAUUUAAAUCAUUUCCAGGAGCCACUGCUUAAACAAUUAGGAAAAACUGGAGCUAUUUUGAAGCAUGUCUACUGAGCUCAUCAGAACUUGAAAGCACAGAAAGAACAGAUUUCCUCCACUGCACAAAAGUAUGUGACAGGCUUUGAAGCUGUUGGCUGAAACUGACGUGAGCUCCCAUUAGAAGCUUUCUGAAAACAUUUCAACCCAAACAGUUUUACUUUCUGAAUUCCCAUUGUUCGCAAUGGCAGAUUCUAGAAAGUGGUGGACUUCCUUCUGCUACGGUGGUGACCACUCCUCCAGGAUUGCACCAGGGUAGGAGCUUGAAGGAAGAGGAGGAUGGCAAGAGCUGCACCAUCCUCAUCUUGAAAUAAAAGAUUCAAAACCGUUCCUCUGGGCUCUUAGGAGAGUCCUUGCAUCCUGUGUUUGCCAUAGUAAUAUGCACAUACUGAACCUGGUCAAGCAGUGUUUCCCUGAGAAGGGGCCUUGGGCAUGACGGGAGCAGAACUCUUACCAUUUCCUACCCGUGGUAAUGUUUUGAUCCAGCAUAAUGCGAUGUGCUAUCACCUAUGUGUUCAUAACUGAAUCUUGGACUUUUGAAGUAAUCAUUUUUUUCUCUACAUUUUUAUGAAAAUGAGUAAAAAUCAACUUUGUGCAAUUAAAAAUAUCAUGGUUUUUUAAAAAUUUUAUUACAGUAAAAGACAAUGCCUUUAAUCGACCUUAAAAUACCUCCUCUUGCUUUGAACACUCGUAUCCCAUUCCUUUUGCCACUUUCUGAAAGAGACUUGCAAGUCCUCUUUCACAGUGGUUGUAAGGAUGUUAUGAUGGAUUAAGCAUGUUUACCUCUCAUUCUGAUUUUGACUUUGGGAAGAGCCCAAAGUCUCACUGAGGCAGAACUAGUGAAACAGCUGGAUGAGGACCCGCCACUAUUGUUAUGAGCUUGGCUUUCCAUUGGAUGGUGCUGGGGAGCAUCAUUCACCAUACAGAUCACAACUGAGAAAGAAGUUCACAAAAGAGGAUUUCCAGAGCUGCUUCCUACUGGGUUGAGUGUAUUUGAAGCAAGAGGGGGGCAUUUCAAGGGAAAUUAAUGACAUUGUCUUUUAGGAUAAUCACUUAAAAAUAUUUAAAUGUUCACUGGGUAUUUUGACACAUGUGGUAUGUUUCAUCUCCCAGAAGUAAAACAGUCCAGAUGUGACUGCAGCUACCUACAUUCUCAGUGCUUUAUUUCUUUGUAAUAUGCUAUGAGCAUUUGUUGACUUGUGUCUUACUCAAGAUGUUCACUAGGAUAUAAACACUCGGGAGCAAAUUGCUCCUCAUACAUAAACCACACCUACAUCUUUGCUGAAUAUGUCAUAUUAACCUGCACGCAGGUGUAUCUAGGUACCCUCAACCAUGACAACGCCAGGGUUCCCCUGCUCCAUAUUCCGACUCAUUCCUGACUUAAUUGUGUCUGCCCAUCUGAAGGUACAUGGUAUUUUUCUGUGGUCACUGUCAUUUUGUAGUUCUUGGCCAUGGCAGUCUCAGCUUCUUUGGAUUGCUGUUUUCUUUCAUCUGUUGCCUUCUUGGGCUACUGAUUCGUAGAAAGUCUUUGAAACGUGAUUAACGUGCUUUUACCAGGCAAUACUUUGUUAACAGUUUUCAAUUUCUCUAUAAUGUUUUUAUAUGAACAGAGAUUAUUGAGUUAAACUGGAAUAAGUGGGUCAGUCUUGUUCUUUUAAGAUCUGUAACUUUUCUGUCUUAGGUCAUCCAUCUAUUCCCCUUGGUCAUAAAGGUAUUUUUAUGCUAAUUUCAAAUUUCUUUUCCAGGAUUUUUGGUACAUCCAACAUUUAUUUUUGUUCAUUAGAAAAUUUAUUUUGUUUAUGAUAUCCAUUUUUUCAUUUCUGCUACUUAAUUUUCUAGCAUCAUUCAUCGUUUUUUCCAGUGAUUUGCAGUAUACCAGAGGUUUUUAUAUGCAUGAGCACACUUCUAGAACCUCUGUUCUGUUCCCUGAGUUUGCAUAUUUCCUGCCUUAAUUAUGAAAGUUUUACAAUAAAUAGUGAAAUUUGAUGAAUUGAAUACUCUACCUUUUCCUUCAAAAUUUCCAUAUCUAGGCCAGGGAUUUAGCUGAGGUGCAAGUGCUUGCCUGGCAAGUGUGAGGUCAUGAGUUUGAUCCCCGGUAUGGAAAAAAAAUUCCAUAUCUAAUCCUGGCUUCUUGUUAUUAGUCUUUAUAAAUUCACACACAUGCACAAUUUCAGCAAAACUUUUAUUGGAAUUGCAAUUUUAUUAUUAUACAAAUACAAUUACAGAUUCACUUGGAUUUCUGCAUAUUAUCAUAUUUCUGCUAAUAUCAAAUUUUCUUCUGUAUACUGUAAAAAUAGAAGUGAUUGACUGAGAUGGUAGCUUUAAAAAAAAAAAAAAAGCUUUCUUGGGGCUGGUGGUUUAGCUCAGCGGCAUAAGCGCCUGCCUUGCAAGCAGGCAGUCGUGAGUUCGAUCCCUGGUACCGAUAAAAAGGGAAAAUACAAAAAAAAAAGCUUUCUCAAUUUGUUUCUAUGUGUAACAAAGUGCAGGCUCAGGUUUUAGUUCAGUGGUAAAAGCACCUGCCUGGCAAAUGCAAGGUCCUGAGUUCAGUUCUGGGUUCCAGAAAAACAAACAAAUAAAACAAAACAAAACACAGUGCAGAAGGAAGGAGUUACAGGGUAAGGUUUCUAUGAUACCCUCUAACUUCAUCUCACAAGAUGUCAUUAUUUCUUUUCAAAAGUAUAAUGCUCAUCAUAAUCUUUUAAAAGAAGAAUCAGGGUUGCAUUUGCAACUUUUAAAAACUGGAAGUGGAUGCAUUGGAUCUUAACACAGGAUCAUAAAAGGAUCAUAAAUACUGAAAAACAUCUUGAAUGCUCUUACUCUUGUUUCUAACUCAUGAAAAAAAAUGACUCACUGUGAUGCAUUCAGAUUUCACUAUUCAGUUCUGUGUGCACCAGCCUGUGUAACGGGACUCCAUCUCCUUCUUUUUCUGUAUUGUAUCUAAUUAGGAAACUGAGUCAUGAAAAUAACCUUCAUGAUUAAAAAAAAACAUCUGUGCAAAUCCAGCUAUUGUAUCGCCAUGAAACUUGUCUUGUUCACUUGGAACACUGCAUGCAACAGGAAUACAAGCCAUCAGUUUCUCAGUAUCUCUAGCAGUCCCCCGAAUGCUUUGGAGGGGUUGGGAAUGUACUAGGAAUUGAACUCAGAACAUAAUGCAAACAGGUGCCUGCUGAGCUAUAGCCCUAGCCCACACCUCCCCUUCUCUGUGAAUAUCUUAUGUAUCAGAAGUUGAGAUGUGUUAUGCUUUAGAUGUAAAAUGUAAUUCUCCUGUGUGCAGAGGUAGAGCUUUUUGGAAGUUACUGGAUCGUGAAGGCACUAUUAUCAUAGUUAAACGUCCUGUUAGGAUGUGACCCCUGCCUGGGAAAGCAGUGUUAUUGGCUACCCCGGUUGCUUGCUACCCCCAACCCCCAGUCUCGUUUCCGGGCUGCCACAGUUGAGGAGCUUUUCUCUGUCAGACCCUUCCACCAGGCCAUUUCUCAGUGGAGCGAGAUAAUCAUGGGCUGAAUUGGUGGGAUUCUUUCUUUGAAAUGGCAGAAUUUGCACAUGCUGUGAUAAUAGAUAUGGUGGAACAUGACUUGGUGCUUAUCUAAUUAUUAUAUUCAAGUUUCUUUGAAUCAUUUGAGAGCUGCUGUUUUUUAAUACUAUCUUUAUUCAUGGUAGCACUUUUUUCCUUUUUUUACAUUUGAUCAUCUUUUGAUAAUUUGAAUUUUAUCCAGGAAAACAUUUAGGGUGUUUGCAUAAAGAUAUCCUUGUAGAUAAGAUUUUAAGUGGGUUUCUGCUAAAUUCUCUGAGAUGUAGCAAUCUUAGGUUACUUUACUGUCUAGGUGUGAAGGUUUCCUUGAAGAUGCUUCUUGUAUAAAUUCACACCACUAAGAGUUUAAGUGUCUUUUUCUUUUUCUUUUCUUUUUUUUUUUUUCAUCUACCAAAGCCCAGGCAAAGGCGUGUACAUUUUCUUAGUCUGAAACUUUUGUAGUAAACCAGUUAUUCUCUAUGUGCUGCAUUCUGAAUGUUUGUGUUAUUACCACUCACUUCAUAGUAUUAGGAGGUGGCGCCUUUUGGAAUUGAUUAGAUUUUGAGAGUAGAGCUUUCAUGAGUGGUAUCAUGAAUGAGGUUUUAUGGUUUUAUGAAUGAGAACAGAGAGAGACUCCUUCCCUGUUUCAGCAUGUGAGGACACUAUGAGAAGGUACCACUUGUGAAUCAAAAAAUGGAACCUCAGCAGACAUCAAAACUACCAGGAAAUUGAUCUUGGAUUUCCCCACCUCCAGAACUUUGUGAGAUAAUUUCUGUCGUGUAUAUACUUCCUAGUGUAUAGGAUGCAUUAUAGCAUCCCUCCCAGACUAAUACACAACUCUACCCUUCUAUGAAGAUGGAGCACAGAUACUCUUACUUUAAUGAGCUCUAGUGCCUUGAUUUUUGUUCUCAUUUAUCUGAAGAGGAACAAGCUAACAUACUCCAUGCAAAUGUCUUGUUUUCCCGUAACUGCUAGAGCAUUUGUUUGGUUGUAAAUUUACCAUAUUCAUUAGAGGACAUUUGUGAUAUUUUACCUAUCAUAUCUAGAGUCUGGUAACAGGAAGACUUCAGAAACCAUGGGUUACCAUAUUGGCAAUAUAGAAAUAUUCAACAUCUCCUUAAGUCUUCUGGGUUUAGUAAGACUAUGGAAUUCCUCUUAGUGGGAAAAAGUUAAUAGCAAGCUUUUGAUGACAUUUUCCAUAACCUGCAAUUGCAUUUUGAACCAUCUCUAAUCAAACUUGGACUCAUAGAAACAUAAGUAAAAAAAGAUUCUACUUCAAGUAUACCAAGAUUCUUAUUUUCAGUUUUAGAGAAAUCUGAAUUUGAGAUUUAUUUUUGAAAUUUCAAAGAAAGCCCUGGUGUAUCAUCAUCCUGAGGCCAGGAACCCUCUCUUGCUUCUUUAGGAACCAACACACAGGCUUCUGUCUCCUUACAACUUCCUUACCUCCACCCUCUCCAACCAUAUGCUGUGCCGCACACAUUUCUAGGACAUAGAUUCGUUUAAGAAUUUACUGCAACUAGUCAGUCUUUUACAAUCUUUUCUCUGCCAUUUUCUUUGAUUUAAGAAUUUAUGUCAAUGGUUAUUACUAACUCAAUAUUGGAUUUCCUUCAUGAAUUUACUUAGGAUAUAAAGGGUGAUACUUCAAGUAAUUUCUAUGCAACUGAGUUUUCAUGUAAAAAUUACCUAUAAAUUUCUUUAAUUUGUAAACUCAAUCCACCAUAAGUGGUAAUGCAUUCUACGUCUGUGAUAUUUCCAGUUCUUGACUUUUAAAAAAGGAACAAUCGUAAUAUUGACAUUUAUAUACCAUUUUAUAUUUUAUAAAAUUCUUUAAACUUUAUAGUAGGUCUGUGAGACUGAGUUGUCCCCAUUUUUCAGAUUAAAAUAGUAAUAAUUCAUAGAUCUAAAUAGAUAAUUUGCCCAAACUUCCCUAAUUAGGGAUUGAAACACUAAAAGCUUGGAUUCAAGGGUCCAAUGCUGUUUACCUUUGCUUCCAAUUAGUAAGUGAAAGAUACUCAUAUAAAAUGAGUUGUUAUUUUAAAAAUUUGCUAGAGUGAAUUUGAAACAAACAAGAGAAAACAUGAAGAUAAUAAUUGUUCACAGGAAAUAAAAGACCCAAAAGAGGAGAUGACAGCAAAAAAAAAAAAAAAGAGUGAUUAAGGAAAAGAUAAAAUUCUGUGGGUCACAUCACUUUUCUAUAGUUUUCCUUAAGGGAAGUGUUACAGUUCCUUUCCAUUUUCUCAAGCUGCUUACUUAUAAAGCUGAACGUGAUACCAAAUCCGUGUACUCAUUUUCCUGCUUUGUGUUUAUUCAAAGAAACUUUGAGAAAAAUGACUGAAGGAAAUAAUCUCUUGCAUUAACUAAAUGAACUCUCCUAACCUGCGUGAAAAAAUUUUGAAAGAAAAACUUAUAAAAACCAGUUUGAAAAGAUUGUCCAUGUAUAUGAAGAGCAGAAGUGUAGUCUGUAGCACAGAUACUGGGUUUUCUGCAGGAGUUCUUUAUAAAAAUGUUUAACUGCCAACCUAAGAAAGGGACCGUUUUGUGCAUCUAUGAGAUUACACUUGCUAAUCAUGCCUUUUCAGUGAGAAAUGUUCUUAGUAUCUCAUUAUAACUCAAAAAAAUGGUUCUCUUUCAGCUGCCAUAGUUCAAAUGUGGCCAUUCCUUCAUAUGCUGUGACCUCUUAUCAGCUAGUACCAGUACUAUGUGAGGUGCUUUGUAUUUUCAGAGGUCUGUGCUAUUAUUUUAAUUAUAGAUUUCCUAGAACCAUUCUUUAAAACACACACACACACACACACACACUUUGAAACUGAUAUCAGUGUUUCCUACUGAUUCAAGGACAUUGUCCUUUAUUUCAAAAAUCUUCAGUAAGAAAUAAUUCAUUCUGAAUUGAAUUAAAAUGAUGUUAACAUUUUUUAUAUGAGUGGAUGAUUUAGAAAUCAAAGGUGAUAAUUUCUGUCCUCCUUAAGGUAGAUGUUAGCUGAGGUUGUCUGUCCCAAAACUAUCCUGAACUGGAAAAUUGGUGAAAUGAUUGUAUUUCAUUGCAUCUGAAUGUCAUUGAUUAUACAGUUCAUCAUUACUUUAUUCACAUUUAAAAUACUACCAAAUAUAAUAGAAGAAAGGUAGUAAACUGAUAAAAUUUAGCAGAUCAAAUCUAGAGAAACUUAAAUUAUCAAACUAUAUGCACAGACAUAUUACUCUUUCACCUAUCAUGAAAACUUGCAAAAGUCUUUAAAAUGGACCAAGAAAUUUCUGAGUAUCUUGCCAUGGAUUAUUAGCUAUGAUCUAGGAAACCUUCCAGAGUUAUCUGAUUUUAUAGGAAAUGUAGCCUUUCUUGCCUUUGAUUAAUUUGCAACUCUGUGAAGAUAACUAGCUGAUCAUAAAGUAAAUAAUUCUCAUUCAUGUAAAACAAAUCAACUUUUGCAGUAUGGAUUUAGAUGGAAUAUCAUCCGAUAGAAGUGGCCAAGUUUAAGUCCAUUAACCAAUGUAGUUCAGCCUUGUGGAUAUUCAUAGAUUAUGUGUCCUGUGCCAUCUCCUUUGAACCAGCUCUUUUACUUAUUACUUUUGUCAUUAAUUAAUGACUUAACUAAAAUAUUUGACAUGUUCUUUUUAGAUUUAUGUGAGUCAUUACUUUAUCCUUUAAAAUUAUUCUUCGACAAACCAAAUUGUAAUUGCCUAUGACAUUUAAAGGAUAACAAGUUGUGGAUCUUUUUAAAACGUGUGUAGUAUAUUGUGUUACAAAAUAAUACCACUUUUCUUCCAACUGUAUCAGAUAGGUCAGAAGCAGCUCUUCCAUACUGUACCCUGGGAAAAUUGUUACAAAGAUCUCUGUAUGUUAUACUCUUAUCUUAAAACAAAACAAAACAGCCAGCAUGGCCAUGGCUGUUAAGCUAGAUGAAUCUACCCAGUAUACUCUUUUCUUACUGAAAAACUAAACUAAAAGGAGAUGACAAUUUCUAACAGUUUUACUGAGAUAUAAUUCAUACAGCAUAAAGUCAUUUAACAUUUAAAAUGAAAAAUUCAUUGAUACUCACCAUAUUCACGGGUGUGUGCAAACAUUUCUAGAUACAGUGUUGAGCACAUUGAUCAAUUUGAAAGGCAAGUACACUCCUUUCUGUAGCUGGCCUCUCUCGCUUCAUGAUGCCUCCCCUUCUCCUUCAACCCUAAGUAACUGCUUCUCUAAUUUCUAUCACUAUUCAUUUUCCUACUCUGUACUUUCCAAAAGAUUAAACCAUAUAAUAUGUGGAUUUCUGUGACUGACUUCUUUCAUUCUGCUUGAUAAUAAGGUGUAACAAUUCAGAUCAGUUGUUAUCAAUUUUUCCUACUAUUCCUAAGUAACUCCUAAAUAUUCAUCAAUAUUUAUAGCCAAGUAAUAUUUUUCUCUGUGUGUGGUUCACGUAUACAUUAUGGGCAUUUAGAUUUUUCUCUACCUUUUUUCUGUUAUUCAGUCCACCAUGAACAUAUGUAUAGGUCAUGUGUAGAUACAUGUGUUCAUUUCUUGUGGAUAUAAAUCUAGGAGUGGAAUUUCUGGGUCAUAGACUAACUCUAUUUACUAGACUCUUUUCUAAAGGCUCUGUGCUGUUUUAUGUUCCCACCAGCAUCAUGAUGGUCCCAGCUUCUCUGUGUCCUUGCAAACACUGAUAUUCAUUUGAUUUCUUUUUUAUUCUAACCAUUCAAAUGUAUGUGAAGUGGUAUCUCAGCGUAGUUUUCAUUUAUAUUUCCCUGAGGACUAAUAAUGUGGGUCUCCUUUUCAAAUACUUAUUGGUGCUUUAUCUCUUUUAUGGACGAGAUUCUGUGGCCAUUUUUAAAUUAGAUUAUUUGUCUUUUUAUUAUUGAAUGUCAGACUUCUUUGUGAAUUCUGAAUACAAAUCUCUUAUCAGAUAUGAGUUGCAAAUAUUCCCACUCUGAGCUCUCUUUGCUCUUUCUAAGCAUUAUUUUUUGAAGUAAAAAAAUUAAUUUUGACGAAAUCCGAAUCAUGUUUUUUUUUCUCUCUUUCGUCACUUAUUCUUUUGGCAUCAUACAUAAGAUUUCUUUGCCUAGUCCAAUAUCAUAAAAAUUGACUUCUCUACAAAUCUCUUAUGGAAAUAUAGUUUCAAAGGCUAAAAAGAGAUGAAAUAUAGAAAGGUUAGAAAGAUGAAAUAUGACUAGGAAGAGAAUGGUUACAACCAACAGGUGAGUGCAGCUGUUGAUUUGGUCUGCACAGAUCUGAUUUCCUUCCUGGUUCCCAAGUGUUAGAACAUGCAUUUGGCUAAACUCAGAAUGGAGGACAGAAAACAGAAAUCAGAUAGAAUGGGAAAAGUAACUCUGACGGGGACACCAAGUAAAACCAGGCAGCAGUUAGAUGUAUCCUUAAGAUAGUGAAAAAAUGGAAGGUAGAAAAUUUGACUCUUCCUUACUGAUUUUAUAGCCACAUAUAUUAUGAGAAUCACAGAAAUCAGAAGGACCUUAAAGAUCAAGUUAGUGCUCAACAAUUACAUUACUAAAUAAACAUAAACUGUCAAACUGUUGGUCUACUAUGUUUGACACAUGCAUGUACUUACACUGUGAUAGACAUAAAUUAAGAUUUAUUUGUUAUGAACAAAAGUUUGGUUGCUUGGUGGCUGUAGACCACAAUGCUUCCAUUUUUGUUAAGUGCUAAAUAUUAGCAUUGAGCAAUGAUUGUACACACUGACAACCUAUGACCCACCUUUCUUGAAGUGGACAUUCAGGGAACUGGGGUUGAUAAACAGUAGCUAGCAUUUCUCUGGGGUAAAAAUAGAAAGAAGAAUAGUAUUAUAUUUUAGUUUAUAUCAUCCUGAAAAAUUGUCUAAUAUUCUUUUCAUAAGCAAACAUUAUGUUGCUAGGCAUCUAAGACUAAUGGCAUACAAGUGCCUACAAACUUGGAUUGAAUAUAUAUUUCAUUAUCUCAGCUCCCGUUCUGUUUUCUGUAUUUUAGAAUUUGAACCAGACAUGAAUGAUUUUUUUUUCCUCUUUAGUCCUUGCUCUUUUGUGAUUCUGCUGAGGGCACAAGGAACCAACAAUAAUUUACCUUAUGUCAUAGUCAUCCUAUUUUGUUUUUAGAAAACUCCCAGGAGUCUGACAACUUGCAUUUGUUAUGGUUGGUUCUCAGCAUUUAAAUAUGAGAACAAUUAACAUGCAUUUGUAGGGAGUAUUAUAAAUGAGAGUUUGUGUGCCCGCCAAUUUUUCAUUGACCUACAUUCAGGAGCACUAGUACAACUCAGGUUUGCCUCCCACGUUGUGGAAAUGAGUUGAUUUCCCACUAUUUGUGUGGGCAGGUUGACUGAUGAGAAUGACUUCAGUGGAAGCUCAAGAGCCCCUUUCUAUUUUCUCUCCUCCAGGUUUCAUUUUUCUGCUGAUUCAGUUUUGGCCCUGUGCAUUCAGUCACCCACGUAAAACACCAAGACAAGAAAGCAAUAACUUGGGUGAUAAUAUGAACUAUACAGAAAGAUUCAAGGGGUGUUGUAAAUAAACCUUUUACUGUGGGGGCAGCACGUGGAAUAGAAUUUUAUUCUGGAAAAUUCUUCUUUUUCUAUUCAAAAUUCUGUUUAAUACAUAUUUUCAGCUUGAAAAGUAUAGAAGUUUAAGUGCCUCAGCAGGGGAACCAGAGUCUUCACUGAGUGAGGAAAUAUACUGGACCUGUGCAAGAGAAGGGCAGGGAGAUUUGUGAUUGCUACAUCCGCUAUGUGGGGUGAGGAGGGAGGGUAACCUGCUUACAAUAUAAAGGAGGCAAAAAGACUUUCCCCUCUUUUGCUCUUGCCGUCUUUGCUGUCUUCUGCUACCUCAAAGUGUUGCCCCUGCCACAGCACAUUGCCUUGAGAGCCAGCUGAUUACGGACUGAAACCUCCACAAACUGUGAGCUAAAUAAACCCUCCUUCCUUCAUGUUGGGCAUCAGGUAUUUUGUCUCAGCAAGGAGAGAAAAGUAACUAAGGCAGGACCCAAAUAAUAAUACUUUGGAGUUUGAAUAACUCUUUCAUGUGUCCCAUACCCCAGUGAUGGCAAACCUUGUAACAACUGAGUGACAAACUACAACAAAAAACCCACUUAUUUACUGCACAGGGUCAAUACUGCAAUUAGAACUGAGUACUGGGAUUUUAGUUUAGACAAAAAAAAUAAUAAUUCUACAUUAAUAUCUUAUGUCUUAAAAGAAAAGCACAAUAACACACAAGCCGUAGGUUCACUACCACUGCCAUGCCCUGUCUUUUCUCAGAAUUCAUUUUUAUUUAAAUAAUAUCAGGCCUUUUAUUAUGUAGCACGAGUACUUUGUUCCCAUUUUAUAGAUAAGAAAACAAACCAAGCCUAUAAAUGAGCUGUCUAAAAUUCCUAUUUGCAAACUUAAUUCUCAGUGUAUAUGUAAAAUGGACUCAUCAUUGGUCACUGACAUCUAAACAGGUUGGGAUAACCUGUCUCACAGUCUAUUUACUCAAUGAAUUCUCCUCCAAAUAGACAGGUAAAAGAAAGGAGACAGAAUAAACACCUUAGCAAUUAAAAUCAUGCUGUACAUACCACCUGAGAUAUUUCUUCACAGUAUCUGAACUACAAAUGCACAAGCCAGUAUUCGUACACUACCAAAUGUAUUUUCGGUGUACUUGGGUUCACAGUGAUAGCCUAUUUCUGAGGUGAUUUUGAACUAACUGUGGUCACUCACCAUGGUUCUAAAGGGACUUAUAAUGUGAAUUUAGGAGGAAAAAGUGAUAUUUAGCAUUGAUGAUGGAGAAUAAACAAUUCAAACAAGGCUUUGGAGUACUCAGAGAUUCAGGUAUGAAAAAGAAAAACAUUAACAGCUACAAUUAUUUGGUUGUAGAGGUUUAAAUUAGGAGCAGAUUUCUUGUUGGUGAAUUGCCUCUUUGUUGUUCAGAGGUCAAAAAAGCUGAAAACAUUUGGAGAACAGUAGGUGUAAUUAAAUGAAGAGGAGAUCAGCUUUGGGAAAUACCCAGUAUGCAGACCAAUACAGAAGUAUCAGUGACUUUUAUCACUAUCUGACUAUCCCAAAUGAAGUUUCUAAUGAGUUUGUACAUGUGCCCAAGUGUAGUAUGCUAUAGAGUGGCUAUUUGCAUACUAAUAAAAUAUAUUUUGAUACACUUCAGGACAUGCAGAUUACAUAAUAGAUGGAUGCAGAUUACAUAAUAGAUGGAUAAAUUGUCAAACUAAUGGAGUACAUCAAAGAACUACACAAUCUUUUCACUUCCAGGGAUGAGAAUAGAAUUAAAUUAGUGAGAAAAGGUAAAAGGUAUCUGACGUUGAAAUAACACAGCCAACAAAAAACAAAACAAACCUUUAAUCCCCUUGAGAAAAUAAAUCUUUGAGAUUAUUGUAUAACAUAAGACUUCCUUCUGUAUGUGUGAUUUCCUAUUUUGUGUUAUCCCUGAAAUGUAGCAGCAGGAAAAAAUUCAUGCUUCAGCUAGUGAUAUGGUGAAAGAUGACACAGUGGCUCAGGUUCUCUGUCACCAUCUCAUCAUAUGGUCCAAGGAGGCCUCACAGACUCUCUUCUGGACAAAAGGAUUGGCGAGUCAUGUUCACGGUUUCCUUCCAUUUGGAAACUAGCUGCCAAAGCCACCAAGAAAUGGGUGGAUCUGCACUGCAUAUUCUCGCAGCUGGGUGUGCGGAGGAGAGGGCUUAUGUCUUCUUUCAUGUCCUGUCUGGUUGCAACAAAUGUUCCCAUCAGAAAACAAUCAGACGGAAACCAGGACAGCUUUUAGGAACCUGGGAAGGGAUGGCGUGCACUGUUUGCCCUUCCCCAGGAGGUUUUCCCACUGUGUGGUUCACACAGUAGGGGAAACAUUUUUAAAAAGCUGAAAAUACUUGGAGAAUACUAGAUCCAAAUGAAAAGAAAGGGGAAUGAGACUGGGAAACUGCCCAGUAUGCAGACCAAAACAGAAGCAGGCAUAUCAGAGAUCUUACAUGUGUAUCUCAGUACCUCUCACCAAGUUUGUAGUGGAGUAUUGUAAGUAAAUAUUUGCAUAACAAGAAUAAAAUAUAUUUUGUUACAUUUUAAGAGAAAAUAGGAGUAGAGAUUACCUAAAGAGCAGCUUCCUCAAACUCAGGGAGUAGAGCAAGAAUGCAGUUAUAUCCAGUUCAUCACUGUCAUCACCUGCUAAAAGUUUUCAUUUAUCAGAAGUGCAGAGCACAGCUGGGACUGGGAGUUUACACUGUUACUCACGUACCCAAGAUUCUAGCCCAAGGAUCUCUGACCGUGUCAGUGAGGUGCUUCGAUGAUUCAUUCACAAUGUCAGGUUCCUCAGCCAGCCCACUGCCCACCCACAUCAUCCUUGGUAGUGUUCUCAGUUUAACCUCAAGGUUUCACUCUUAGGGAGUCCCACCGGCCUUUUCCACUCAUCUACUUUCCGAGCCACUUUUAAUUGCUCAUUAACAGCUUGUCUCAACUAUCCCUAAAUCUGAUUUUUCUCCUGUGUAUAGUGAUGCCUUUGAAAACGUUCAUAGCAAAAUAUUAUCAAAGAAGGCUCCCCCCCCCAGGUACAACUGAAGACUACUUUUUAUUUUUAAUCACUUAGAAAGUUACUUAUGUGCAGUAUACAGGUGGCAAGUCUUCCAUGAAAUAAAAAUGACUUUUGGGAAAUUUAAAUUUGACGUAUUAAUAAAAUACAAAUUGAAAUACAAAAUAGAAAUGCAAAAUAAAAUACAAAUACCUGAGGCAUUUUGAUUGAACUUGCAUUUACCAAACGCUGAGUUUUUUGGAAAUCAAAACAAUAUAAAUUUUAUUUCCUACUCCUUUGUGUUACACUUGCAAAUAACUAUGGGAAUUCAAUAAGGAUCAUCGCUAUAGAUAGAUACCGUGCUUGGGCACAGCAUGGGGCAUUACUCUGAGCUCACAGAGCAGAGUGACCAAGGACAGAUGACUCUGGGAGCUUUCUCAUCCUAUCCGCUGCUCCUGCAAACAUGGAGGUAAAUACACAUGCAUUUCUUACCUACCAUACUACCCAGUUCUCUCUCUUUAAAAUGAAUCACUUGGAACUAAAUUAUUUGAAAUCUUUUCCAUCUCCUGAAUUAGUUUUUAUUCUUUAUUCCUACUAGUAGAAUUGCACUAAUUUGUUCCAUCUCCCUAGGACGCUUUUAAAAGCAUUUAAGAUCAAACAUACUUGCCAUUUCCCCCUCAUAAAGGACUCCAGUCCUAUAACAUAGACUGUGUUCUCCUGUAAAAUACUCCCCUCAUCCCUUCCUCAAGGACCAUUCUAAAUCACAUCCUUCAUGAACCUUUCACAACUAAAUGCAAUUUUUCAUUUGUUUGAAUUCCUCAAGUAGGCCACACAACUUAGGAAAGAGAGAGGAAAGGAGAGAAAAAUUGUGUGUGUGUUAUUAUCCUUUAUGCAUAUUUCUUUUUCCCUUUAUUGUAAUUCAUUUGUCUAUAAAAUUUGUCAUUUCUCAUAUGUGGUUCCUCUUACUUGUUUAGCAUAAUAUCAUACAUAUUUUAUGUGUUUAAAAACAUUAUUAAAUGAAUAAUACAUAUUGCCCACAUAAAUUCUGUAAUGGGACAAAGUCAGUUACACAGUGUAGAAAGGUAAUAAAGUAAGAUUUCUUUAUCAUAAAAUUUAAGUAAUCAGAAUAAUGAAGGAAAAGUUAAUUUUUACUGGUAGAAAUAUUUCCAUAGCCUGCCAAAAGUCGUCACUUAAUGUGAUGUGAUAUACAAUGUGAAUAUUGCCAAAGAAAAGUUUUGUGUGUGUGUGUGUGUGUGUGUGUGUGUGUGUGUGUGUGUGUGUGUGUGUGUAAUGAAGGCCAUAUAGGGACAGAAACCCUUAACUCUUUGCAGACUGGAGUUUCAGAUGAAUCCUCUGCUCCCUCCAAUGCUUUUUUUGGUCUCACUGGUUUCUGGCUCAGAACAUGAGUCAAAGUCUGAAACAUUUUAUUUAGUUUCCCCGUUUAGAUGUUGAAAAUGGUAACAAAAAUCCUCUCCUUUGAGGGCAGGUAGAAACAAAGAUUAACUCAAUUGAUUCUUAUUAGUAUGUCAUUGUUCAUCGGGUUAUAAUAUUUACUUUGCAAAAAGAAAAAUCAAUGUUCAGUUCAGCUUGCUUGAUUGUUUCCUAUGGAGCAUUCUUUAGCAGUGUUACAUAAGUGUGAUCAGGGCAGGGGAGGAAAGGACUGCACAGGUUAUCCGAGGAAGAAGUCACCUCGCAACAGGGAUCUGUAAGUUGGAUCAGAUGCAGAACUAGGUAAGAUGGGUGGGUUUCACGAAUGGAUAUUUUGAUCACUUUUGAAAAUGUAGAAAAGCGGUAGCACAGUGAGAACAGAAGCCAGAUUUCCAUUCUUCGGCGUGGUUAAAGGGAGUUAUGUGCACAUUUACAAUACAGUGACGGCACAUUUAUUAAGCUUGUGAAGAGAACUUUGUCAGUGAUCCAGGAAGAUACCUAGAUAGGAGGUUUCAUUAUCCAGGAGGCUCCUAUGCCCCAGAUAAAAGAAGUCAAAUUAUUUUGAAAGAUUAAAAGAAGCCAAGAAACUCUAGAUAUCUAGAGAGAAAUGGAAAGAAUGAGGACAAUCUGGGUAAAAUUGUGUGUGUGUGUGUGUGUGUGUGUGUGUGUGUGUGUGAGUGUCAGGGUCCUAGGAGAGGCUGCAAGAGGAAAUUAAGAGGGCAGAGUUACUUUAAAGGCAGGUAUGCCCACCUCCACCUUGCAGCUGGAGGUCAUGAAUGAAAUGUGCGAUGUCAAGUUAGUUACUAGGGUGAAAACAUUUAUUGAGGAUGGCACUCGUGAUAAAUGGCCUGACUCUUUAUCAGAGCUCAGGUCUCCGCAUCAGUGGAUGUGGCUCUGGGUUAAAUUUAGGGUGUAGCAAGUUUAAAAUGCCUAUCAAGGAAAGUGGGUUUAAAAAAAAAAAAAGGAACAAGAAAACUUUUCUAUGUAUUUUGAACAACAGCAAGUAUUGUACAGUUCCACAUUUCUCCCUGGCUAGCAGGUGUGGGCAGGGGGAGCCCAAGUAGAGGCUCUGAAGUGCCAUAGUGCAUCUUAGUCUGUUAUAAUAAUCUGUAACUGAAUGUAAGUAGUAUUGAUGUUUCGUUUGAAUUCCUGAAGGCAGAUGGAAUUUCAUUGUUAAGAUAAUAUCUCUCACAGCAGUGUACAGCUUUGGGCUGUGAGGAUGAGAGCCAGGAUGAGAACCCUCCCAUUUCACCUAUGGAUGGCUCAUUAUACAUCCAGCUGCUGUUACUGAUUUGCUGGUAGUUGUUACAGCCAUCGUAAAUGAUUUAGUUUUCUAGUGCAAAAUACAUAAUUAUCUGUGUUGUCUGUUCAGUUUUAUUUUUGGCAAGGAGGAAGGAAUGGAAGAAGGGAGAGAGUCAUUGGUUGUCAGUAAGUGCACUUUCACCGAAGCCAUCUCAAAUUCAGGGGAGGGAAGUGGAACUCACUUGUUCAUCAACAUCCUCUAAUUUAACACAGGUCUCUUACCUAGAAACCAAUAGAUAUAUUGGGCCUGCCUCACUUCUCUUUAAGAAAAUUGUAUUCUUUACAAGAUAAUGGGGGUCUGGAUAUGAUCUAAAGAUGUUAUAAGUAUGUUUAAUACCACAUUGAAGCCAAAUAUUUUGUCUAAGAAAUACCUAGUAUUAAAAAUAUUUUUUAAAAAGAUUGUUACAUGCCCAUAAUCCCAGCAUCCUGGGAGACUGAGUCAGGUGAUUGCAAUUUCCAGCAACUUCCAGCAAUUUCCAGGGUAUUACUAACACCCAGCUCAAAAUAAAAAAAAAUUUUUUUAAAAUGUGGCUGGAUUCAGUGUCUGGUGCUGCAAAAAUAAUACUAAUAAUGUAAACAAAAAAAGCAAACAAAUAAACAAAAUGCUCCUCUGCUUGGCCUGUCCUGCCUCUUUUCUUGCUUUUACUUAUAAACUGUGUUUCCUUAGUGCAUAUUAACUGUAGAACUGUGGUUUCCAUGCAUGUAUGUAACAUCCUUUGAUUGUAUCAAGACCUGUAAUUUUAAAUACAUUUAAAGGCCGUUGUUUCUCCUACGUGUAUUUCCAGCCCACCUGACUAUUCAUUUGCUCUGAGGCUCCAGGAACAUAAUCCGCCCAAUGGUGUAGAAGCUCCAUCUGGUUUAGACUCAUUCUUAUGACCAAGAAGAGUAACUACUUAAAACUGUUAUUGAGUACAUCAUUGUUGAGUACUCUAGGAACCUUGUGUACUUUAACAGGAAUAUCAAAUAAACAACCUGAUUUCUGCCCCCGCCUGGCCUUCUGUCUGUUUUCCCCUUGUCACAGUUGCUCAGUCCAAAGGCUGGAGCCUCAGUCCUCCUUCUCCCCUUCUCCUCAUCUCUUCUACUGGGCCAUCUUAUUAUCACUCUUGAAAUCCUGCAGUGACUUCCUAGUGAGUCCUCUUGUUCAAUUAUUACACAUAAAGCACCAGAACACUUCUUCUUAUUAGUCCAUGUUUGCGGUGCGUGUGUUUGCAUUCCUUGUGAGGAGCUGGUACCUGUACAGGACACACCUCAAUUGCUUUCUUCGCCUCCUUCCUUCCCUUGUCUUCCCCCUCCCUCCAUCCCUUGCUCCCCUUCCCACUGGAGUAAGAGCUAUCUCCCGACUUCCUGUUAUCUAUUUCUUGUUUUGCCCUUCAUUUAUAUUUUGGAUUUUAUCAUAUAGGAGAAACCAUGCCAUAUUUAAGCUGUGUAUCUUAUUUACUUCACUUGACAUUAUCCAUUUUCCUACAAAUGCACCAAAUCCUUUGUUAUAGUGGACUAAUACUCCAUUGUGCAUAUGCACCACAUUUUCUUGUCCAUUCACCUGUUGAUUGACGUAUAGGCUGCUUCCAAGAAUCAGUUAUUAUGCAUUGUGUUGCUGUAAAUGUGGGUGCACAUGAGUCACAUAAUAGGAUGCCUUUACCUCUCUUGGGAAGAUACCUGGAAGAGGAAUAACUAGGUUAAAUGGAAUUUCUUAUUUCAGUAUUUUUUUUAAGAAUCUCCAUGUGGCACAGUGACUCUUACUUAGAAUAACAGCUGCAUUCCCUUCCAGUUCUUACUCCCUUUUCCCCAGCCUAGGUACCAGCCUUUCUCUAACUUAACUCUAGUCUCCCUGUCCUUUUAGUUCCUGCCUUGGGCUUUUGUACAUGCCUUUCCUGCUGGCUGGAUUACUAUGGCCACAUUCCACAUAACCUUCUCAUGCAUCAUAUACAAUGAAUUGAGUGUCUGCUUCAGUGGCAUUGGUUCAGGGACUGAGAGGGACUGCUUCAAAUAAUCAGUUCUACAUUAGCACCAUACCUUCCCCUCCGAACAGGUAUUCUCCAACACCGCAUCCUUUUUGUUUUCUGUAUUACAGUCACUGCCAUUUGACAUCAUUUUAUUAAAUUACUGUCUGUCUUCCUCUUACUAAAAGUUAAAUUCUUGAGCUUGCCUAUUUCACCCUCUGCUAUGGUAUAUAGUUCCUGUACAGAGUAAGCACUGAAUAUAUAACUGCUAAAUAAAGGAAUCCCCAAAUGAGAUUCCUAUGUAUGCCUUAGAGGAUUUCCCCUAAGAUAAAAUCCAAGGUCUUUCUAAUGGAAUAUGGUUAGAUGGCAAGUAGUAAAAUUAGAUUAUCAGGAAAGAAGGAUUAGCUUAAAUCUGGGGCUGGUAAACCUCAUGUUCAAACUACAUCAUUAUAAGUGACAUUCUUAGUUCCUGUCUCCCAAGACAAAAUGGGAAUAAUGGAUGCUACACUGGACCAGGAUGUGGAGAUGCAAGCAGGUUCAGAGCAUUGCUAGGAGGAAAGGUAGCCUGAAGACAUAGAAGACAUACCUGAGGCAUCACAUGGGAUAGAAUCAGAAAUAGUAUAUGAAAAGAAUCUCAAAAAGUCAUAGUUUUGCCAAAGAUUUGCAUUCUACUUAACAAUAUGACUGAGAUGUCAUUUGACAGAACUCAAUAUUUAAAGUGUAAUUCUGUAGUGUCUGAAAGAGUUUUUCGUUCAAUAUAGGAAUUUUCCAUAUUGAAAAAUUUCCAUAUUGGUGGAAGCCAAGAGCAGGCAGUAGUCACCAAAUUUUGAUCCAUAAAAAAACCAAAUUGCCAUAGUCCUACAUUCAUUAUUUUCAGAGCCACCCAUAGUUCAAAGCCAGUGCCCUAGGAAGGAUUAUUUACCUGAUGGCCUGAAAUGCAUAACUUUUCUGAAUUCUACCUCAUUUUCUAGAUGGGCUCAAAGGAACACUUGCAUUUUAAAGAUUUCCCUUUUAAUCAGAUGUAAACUUACAUUUUGCUAAAUUUUCAAAGUACUUCUUAGAUGUCUCAGUCACUUGUAGACUCGAAUUGUAAUAUUUUGUAUAAUUGCCCUUGCCCUUUUCCCUGAUUGUGUGUGAAGAGGUAGGGAUGUUUAAAUACCAGUUCUGCUAAUUACUGAAUGUGUUGCCUAGUGAUUCACUUCUGUAAGUCUACAUUUAUCUCAUCUCUAACACUGCAAUCAUGGUAGAGAAACUAAUAACUAUGUCACAAGACUGUAGAAAGGUUUAAAUGAGAUAGCAGAUGUGCUUGAUUCAAAGUGUAAUAAGCCACAGUCACUGCUAUGAUGAUUGACCACUUUUAUGGAUAUCCAAAAUGUCAAUUUCACACAAGCCCAAGAGUGGCCCAUCCUGUGUGACUACAUAAGAUGCUCGUAUUGAUGAGAUUCUAGAAUGCUGAGCCAAUGAAUAAAUGUAGAACCAAAAGUUUAGCUGUGAAUUCAGGCCUAUAUUCUUAAUUAAGAAAAAAGUUAACAGUGGAAAAUCACUUCUGAGUCUUAUAAAUAGGAAAUUGGGUUUCCUAAUGGGUAAUUUAAAAUACUUUGGGAGCAUAAAUACACCUGGAGCACUCAAACUAUAAGUUGGUGACUCAGAACAAGGGCACAGAAUCCUGAAAUAAGCAACAGCAAAUGGCCACUUAAGCUCUUAAAGAGCAAACUGCAGAAAAUAAA